UCAAUAUAUAGUAGAGUUAGAGAACAGAGAGGGAAAAGGAAUGAUGGAUACAAACAUCCAAAAAGUCAUACAUACAAACCUUCAAAAGUCUUCACCAUAAAUUCCGAACACAUAUAUGUGUUAGUGUGUGAUCUUUGAUUGAACUUUGUCCAGAGACCAAAAAGGUUCAGACCCCAAAACAAAUACAAGAAAACAGCCAAAAAGCUAGAGACCAAGAUGAGAUCAAGCAGCCAAAGUUCUGAAAACUCCAAGACUUGUCCAUCUAACAAUUUCAAAGAAACUACCAAGAAAGAAGACAACAAAGAUGAUGAGAACAAGGAUGAAGAAGCGAGAUCAGUAGAUCAGAUCCCAUCGAACAAUAGCUAUGUGGAAGAGAGUGGGAGUCACCAUCAUAAUAAUGAUCAGAUCAAGAAAAAUGGUGGAUCUGUGAGGCCGUACAACCGCUCAAAGACUCCAAGGUUGAGAUGGACACCUGAGCUCCAUCUCCGCUUCCUUCAAGCUGUGGAGAAAUUUGGUGGACCAGAUACAGGAGCAACACCGAAGCUUGUUCUUCAAUUGAUGAACGUCAAGGGGCUAUGUAUUGCUCAUGUUAAGAGCCAUCUUCAGAUGUACAGAAGCAAGAAGACUGAUGACCCAAAUCAAGGAAAUCAAGGAUUUUCGUUUGAGCACGGAGCUGGUUACACUUACAACCUUGGCCAACUUCCAAUGCUACAAAGUUUUGACCAAAGGCCUUCUACUAGUUUAGGAUACGAUGGCGGUUCAUGGACGGACCGUAGACGCCAGGUCUACCGUAGCCCUUGGAGAGGCUUAACAGCACGAAACAGUACAAGAACAAGACCCACACUGUUUAGCUCACAGUCUGGCGAGAGAUUUCGUGGAGUUAGUAAUAGUAUUCUUGAUGAUAAGAAUAAAGCUAUUUCGUUUCGAAUCAAUUCUCAUGAAGCUGCCCAAGCGAGCAAUGGAGUAGGUGAAUCAGUUCCAAGUAUUCAUCGAAGCUUUCUUGAAGGUACGAAAACGUUAGAUAAAUCAUGGGGACAAAGCCUCUCCUCCAAUCCUAAUUAUUCGACCGCAUCAGGGCCACAAGAUCAUAUUGCUACCACCUUAAGUUCUAAUCAAAGGGAAAAUCCUAGAGUGGCAGAAGAAACGGAGAAUGUUUUGAAGAGGAAAAGAUUGUUACUGUCUGAUGAUUGCAACAAGUCGGUCCAAGAUUUGGAUCUAAGCUUGUCCCUUAAGGUACAUCGGACUCACAACAACCUUGGAGACUGCUUGUUAGAAGAUGAAGAAAAAAAACUUGAUGAUCAUGAAGAUAUCAAGGGUUUGUCUCUUUCAUUAGCUUCGUCGAGUUCAUCAAAACUCGGUCGAGACAUUAGGAAAGAAGUUCAAAAUGAUACUAAAAAAAGAAAGAUUUCGGUCUUGGCGAGUCCCCUUGAUCUUACUUUAUGAAUACUAGAAGUUUUACCGCGCUACGCGCGGUUUGUUGUUUAUAAAAUUUAUAUAUAUUUUAAAUUUAAACUUAAAUA